AUGGCGUUGUCGUCGUCGGCGAAGGACGAGACUUCCCAUGAGCGCACAUCGUUCCAACGCAGCUCGCUCCAUAUAAGUAUCAUUGCAGCGCUGGUAGCUGUGACGCUGGCCGCGUUGCCGGUAUGGUGGUCUGCCACGACCAUUGUACGACGGCCUUUGCCGGUCGACGCCGUACGUGCCUGGCAUGCGCAGGGCGCUUGCCCUCUACGUACGGCGUGGACGAUCCAUAUGGAUGGUGAACAUAUCGAUGCUAGUACAUGUACGGCUGUGUAUGAGCGCCUUUUGCAUAGACAAGGGGCAGCGCCUACCGACGACCUGUGCAUCGAUUGGGCCGUCGUUGGAUCGCGCGGGUCGGAGCACCGUGUGUGUGAUAUCGGUGUGUCGAAUACCACGGAAGUCGUGCGUGUACCUGUCCAUACGCACGGCUCUGCUAUGGUGCCAGAGGUCCUGGCCUACCUUGCGCCGCUGCUGGGCGCCCCGACGCGUGAAGAUGCGCGCCCGAUUGAAUACGCACCGCGUGUGCGUCUCGUGUUCAGUUUGAUGCAGGAGGACGCAAGUGAAGGACGCGCCAUUGCGCAAUGGGGCCUCACAGAGGCCUUCCAUGCCUCUGCUUCUGUUCACCCAUCGCUUGCUCCUUUGCAUCGUUUGAUCGAGGCUGUGCGGCCGAUUCACGACAUCGUGUUGGAGACGCAAGUGCAAUGGUAUGCGCCUCUGGAGUUCUCGCCAACUACCAUGUACAACGAGCAAGAGGGCCAGAUUUCCGUACUCUCCAUGGACGACAUCAGUGUAUUUAUUAACUCGCCACAAUGGUCGCUCGAGUCGUACGGCACAUCGGCGAUGGAUGAACGGACCCUCCACUUUAUCUUGUUUGUGCCUCGCCCUCAUCAUGCCCCGCUCUAUCUGCAAAAGGAUCACGAGAUAAUUCGGCAGCCAGCGUGGCUUGUCCCCCAAUGGGGUGGCGUCGUUGUGUGGAAUAGGUACUUGGACGGCUCUGUGAUGGCCGAAGAUGUAUCGCUGGAUGAACUACGUGUGCCUAUGCAGCUGUAUACCAAGCAACUUCUUGCCCUUCUUGGCCUCGAGUAUGAUGGUGUGUUGGAGCAGGAUGCCCUCUUGGAUCUUGCUGUGCGAAGUCUGCAGUGGCGCCGAGCGUUGCAAUUGGCGCGCGAGUCUGUCGACACGCUCACAAGUAUCGUUCGCUUGGUCCACAAAAUCCCCAAUUUGGGCGUGGAUCAGGAUGUACAGCGGGCCUUUACGCACGCUCUUGACGAUCUGCACGCUGCUAAGGCCUUGUCACUGCCGGGCCGCGCCCAUUUGGAUCAGCUUCUUUCGCUGGUCACGUCAGCGCAAUCCCACGCAUCGCAAGCGUUCUUUGAUCCGUCCAUGCUGGAAAUGCUCUACUUCCCCAACGAGCACAAGUAUGCCGUAUAUACCCCUCUUUUCGGGCCCUUGCUGCUGCCUCUUCUCACGGCCAUGGCACGUGAAUGGAAGUAUGCACGCCGUCAUAGACCCUUGUCGCUUCAAGAGCAGGGCGAGGCGCCCACAUCAGAUCUGCCGCCUUCCACAAAGACACCAGAUCAAAGUACACGUCGAGGUGCCUCCCGCACUACGACCCAGAGCUCAUCGUCGGUCGCCCCGUCGUCGUCGACAACCCAACCGACCAAGCCUAUACCCGCCGCACGCCCAGCUCUUUCAGCCAAAGAAGCACGAAAGAAACUUUUCGGCAAACCCAUUUCGUCCCUCUUGCAUACCUCGUCGCCCAAGGACAAAGGCCAUCUGGCACACACCAGCAGGUACCCAGGCCUGCACAAAUCUGUUAAACUGCCUACCCUUCAUACCAACCGUCGCUCGCCCCCGCCAAAGCGGCUGAAACUGCCUACCAAGGAAAAGAAACCUGUCCGAGAGCUCGGCUCGGAUGAAGAGUUGGAGUCGGAGCCAGAGCCAGAGCCAGAGCCAGAAAUCGACUACGAAAAUGAAGGGUUCUUGUAG